ACCCUUCCUCGUUUUGCGCGAGGCGGUGACAAAUCAGGAACGUUCUCGAUGGAACCGGCCGCCGCCGCCGCCCCUCCCUCCCCCCGCUCGCUCGCCUGACGCAACGCGGCCGCUCGCGGUAUAAGAGCCCGGGCGCGCGCCGGCAGCGCAGCUCGCCUCUGCUCAGUCACUACAUGGAGGAAGCACGGAGCACACGCGCGGAGGAGAUCGUGAAGCAGUCCUCGGGAUGGUGUAUAGCACGGCUCUGCUCUUCGGAGGCGGACUGCCCGUCUUGACGGAGGAGGAGAUGAUUGGAAACUACUUCUUCCACCCCACGUCCCCGCGCUCGCGGAGCGCGGCGCGGCGGGGGAGCGUGGAGAGCUGCGAGGACGCGGAGAAACACUCGCCCUGUAAGUGGCUCGCAGUCUCCAACUUGGACUUGGAGCACGAGGAGCAGCUGCUUCUGCAGGACGUGACCCGGCGCAUCGAGCGCUGCCUGACGGAGGCCAAGGCUUCCGCGCUGCACUGCACGGCGCUGCUGCUGCCCCGCCACAUGAUCCAGCGGGUCGGCCAGGACCUCAUGCACCUGUGCACCGGCGAGCCCUGCGGCCUGCGCGGCGCCUCCAUCAGGGUCAGCGUGGAGCUCAAAGACGGCGCCAGGGCGGCGGGCAGCGUGCGGCCCGACCCGGGCGUCACGCCCACCUUCGAGCUGUCCGUGAUCUUCAGGGCGGACAAGGACGGCGGCUGGCCACCGUUCAAGAACAUGUUCGACGCCAGUAAGGUGUUGAAGCUGAGAGCAGAGUAUCGGCUGGUGAAGAGGAAACUCUACUCGUCGGCCAGUCCUGUCGUUCAGGACUUCUACUAGAGCGCGAGUUUCAGCUUCGCUUUUGUUUUGAGCUGUGCGACGCUCUCUUUUGUGCCCCAACACGCACUGGAGGAACUGGAAACAUUUUCUUUUGCUUCGAGUAUGUGAUUAUUUCUUAUAUUUAAUGAGAGAACAUUUUACAGGUCAAGUUUUUUGGAGAAUGAGUAACAAGUUUGACACUAGUGUUUUGCACAGGAUGUCUGAAUGUUACUAGUGUCCACUGUAAACACUGUCCUCAGGAAGAUGCAGGUCCCACUCCUGUAGGUCUGCACUGUAUUUAUUUAAAAUAAACACUACAACCUUGAAA